AAAGAACGACAACAACUCGUGGCUCGCUCUCAGAGAGGACUUCGCUUGAUUCGUUUCAUUCGUUGGAGUGCACGGUUUAUUUUUUAGUCAUUUUCAGCUGUGUCUCCGGUGAUUCCUCGUGCUUAGGAAAAAAUCAGAAGUGAUUUCAAAAACGUGGACAGUUUUUUUAUUGCCGUAGUCAUAUCCUCGACUUUGGUUUGUUAUUGAUCGUCAGAAGUAUAGUUAUAUCUUGGAUAGGUGGAUAAAAUGAAUACUUCUUUGACUGCCAAACAAAUCCGGAACACUUUCCUGGAUUUCUUCAAGGAAAAAGAGCAUCUGUAUGUACAUUCGUCAUCAACCAUUCCGCUCGACGAUCCAACACUGUUGUUUGCCAAUGCCGGAAUGAAUCAAUUUAAACCGAUUUUUCUGGGAACGGUAGAUCCCAACAGCGAUAUGGCCAAGUGGGUUCGGACGACUAAUACCCAAAAAUGCAUUCGGGCCGGAGGCAAGCAUAACGACCUGGACGAUGUGGGCAAGGAUGUUUAUCAUCAUACAUUUUUCGAAAUGUUGGGCAAUUGGUCGUUUGGAGAUUACUUUAAAAAGGAAAUUUGUUCCUGGGCCUGGGAACUUCUAACCGAGCGGCUGAAGCUACCGGCAGAUCGACUGUACGUGACUUACUUCGGAGGUCAUCCGGAAUCAGGUUUGGAACCAGAUCUCGAGUGUCGUGAAAUUUGGCUGAAAUUGGGUAUCAAGGAAGAGCAUAUUCUGCCCGGUAGCAUGAAGGAUAAUUUCUGGGAAAUGGGGGAAACUGGUCCUUGUGGACCGUGCUCGGAAUUGCAUUUUGAUCGAAUUGGUGGUCGCAGUGUUCCUGAGCUGGUCAACAUGGACGAUCCAGAUGUACUGGAAAUUUGGAAUCUGGUCUUUAUUCAGUACAAUCGCGAGUCGGAUGGAUCGUUGCGACUGUUACCCAAGAAACACAUCGAUUGUGGGCUGGGCUUCGAACGAUUGGUAUCCGUUAUUCAGAACAAACGAUCGAAUUACGAUACUGACGUUUUUAUGCCGUUAUUUGAAGCUAUACAGCAGGGAACCGGUGCUCCGAGUUAUCAAGGUCGCGUUGGUGCCGAAGACGUCGAUGGUGUCGAUAUGGCAUAUCGAGUGCUAGCAGAUCACGCCCGAACGAUUACCAUUGCGUUGGCUGAUGGUGGUUUCCCAGAUAAUACCGGUCGUGGUUAUGUACUUCGAAGAAUUCUUCGGCGUGCCGUCCGUUAUGGCACUGAAAAACUUAAUGCUAAACCCGGAUUUUUUGCUACUCUAGUAGAUUCGGUUGUGUCACUUCUGGGAGACACUUUUCCAGAGGUUAAAAAAGAUCCUCAGCAUAUCAAAAACAUUAUUAAUGAAGAGGAACAGCAGUUCCUUAAAACACUGUCACGUGGUCGAAAUCUUCUGAACCGUACGAUCGCUAAACUUGGUGACAGUAAAGUCAUUCCAGGAGAUGUUGCUUGGCGUCUAUACGAUACUUAUGGAUUUCCGAUUGAUUUGACUCAACUGAUGGCCGAAGAAAAGAGCAUGGCCAUCGACAUGGACGGCUACGAAAAGGCAAAGCACGAAUCGUACAUACUUUCCCAGGGAAAGGAAAAGUCAAAAUCCGCUACCGUUGAUCUUGAUGUCCAUGCCAUAUCGGAACUGCAAGACAAAAGUGUUCCAGUGACGAAUGACUCGUUCAAAUAUCGGUACAAGGCAGAUAGCAUCGAUCCUUUGGCAGAGUAUCGAUUCGAGUCUUGUAAUGGAAAGGUUCUAGCUCUCAGAUAUAACAACGCGUUUACCGAUGAAGUUAAGUCCGGGCAAGAAUGUGCUGUAAUUCUGGAUAAGACUAAUUUCUAUGCCGAGAGUGGCGGACAGAUUUACGAUCAAGGCUAUUUAGUUAAGGUCAACGAUGAAAGCACCGAGUUCAAUGUGAAUUUGGUGUACAACCGUGGCGGUUACAUCAUUCAUAUUGGCGUUGUGGAGGGGGUACUGCGUGUAGGGGAUGAGGUUAUCUGCCACAUGGACACAACCCGGCGACAGUUGACGAUGAAGAAUCACUCUGCCACACAUGCACUGAAUCAUUCGUUGCUGAAAGUUCUGGGUCAGGAUACGGAUCAGCGCGGUUCAUUGGUAGUACCGGAAAAGCUGCGAUUUGAUUUUACCAACAAAUCUGCCAUGACUAUCGAACAGGUAGCGGAAGCAGAACGACUUACGCGCGAAGUUGUCAAGAAAAAUGUCCAGGUCUAUGCGAAGGAAACUAAUCUGGCUGUUGCUAAGAAGAUAAAUGGUUUACGGUCGGUCUUCGACGAGGUAUAUCCAGACCCGGUGCGUGUCAUUUCAUUCGGUGUUCCGGUGGAGGAUCUCGCAGCGAACCCUGAGGGUACUGCCGGGACUGAAACAUCAGUAGAAUUCUGUGGUGGAACCCAUUUACAUCAGUCCGGUCACAUCGUCGAUUUUGUUAUUGCAACCGAAGAAGCAAUUGCCAAGGGUAUUCGUCGAAUUGUCGCCCUAACUGGACCGGAAGCAUUGAAAGCUCUCAAAAAGACCGAAUUGUUGGAAAAUGAACUGAACGCGCUCAAGUCCACCAUCGAAGCCGAUGAAACCGGAGCUGAGUCAAAGGAGCAUGUGAAGAAAAUCGUCGAACUAUCGGAAGAUGUGUCGCAAGCGGUCAUUCCGUACGUGAAAAAGGACGAAAUCCGAAACGUGCUGAAGUCUUUGAAGAAAUCGUUGGAUGACAAAGAACGUGCUGCAAGAGCCGCUGUUUCCCAGGAAGUUGUGGAGAAGGCAAAGGAAUUGUCAAUAACCAACAAAGAUGCCACGUUCUUGGUGCAUCGAUUGGAAGCUUUCAACAACACCAAGGCACUCGAUACCGCCCUGAAAGAAGUUCGUAAAAUCAAUGCCAACCAGUCUGCACUGUUUGUCUCGUCGGAUCCGGAUUCGAAAAAAGUCUUCUGCUUGGCAUCGGUGCCCAAGUCGGCCGUCGAAAAAGGCCUCAAGGCUAACGAAUGGAUAUCGCACAUUGCUCCCAGCUUAGGAGGCAAAGGUGGCGGCAAACCGGAAUCGGCUCAGGCUUCCGGCACUAACUACGACAAAGUGGACGAAAUUCUGGAACUUGCUCGCAAGUUUGCUGCUUCGAAGCUAUCGUAAAAUCAUCUUCCACCGGUCUGCGAAAUUUGAUACCGGAAGUGCAUUUUCACGAAUAUUCUGAAUCAUCCGAGCAAUUGCAUUUGAAGAAAUAUGUCGUAUUUAGAUUAUAAAUUAAUUUUUAUUACAAUCAACAAGUUUUGAUUUCGGCACAGCGUUGAACGUUAUCAAUAUUAAAAUAAAAUUUUGCUUUUAGCUAACACGUGUUUUACGAAAAUCUGUAUGAGAAUUAAGGACUAUUCACACCUUUUCGAUUCGGUUCAGUGCCAGCCCGACACCGUUCACGGAUACCGGCACUUUCACUGAACCGGAACGAAAAGGUGUGAAUAGUCCUUUACUGCCUAUAUUCGUAUAUCAGUCCCAUAUCGAUUUUCUUCAAUUUUGAGUUAGCUUGAGGAAUGAAAUCUAUCCUCAAUAUUCUCUCAGAAAUUGCAAUAUAAGAGUUGAGGGUUUGUUCGGUAAAGUGUGAACAAAAUGUCGACUCAUAUCUGUCCCAUAUGCAAAGUACCCGCAUAUCAGUCCCAUUCAGUGCAAAUUUCAACAAUUUCAUUUGUUGCAAUAUUGGAUUAGCAAAGGUGUAUUACCGAUAUUUCAUGUAAUAAUACCAGGAUUUAGCAUUAGGUGGCGCAAAUAAUCAAAAAAUUCGGAAAUAAAAUUUUGAUCGUCUUUUUCUCGACAUGUUGAUUUUCCAUAUGGGACUGAUAUGCAAGUAUGGGUAGUUUAUUCUAUCUCUAUCUUACUUCAUACUCGCAUAACAGUCCCAUACGAAUUUCAGUCAUGAAUUGAGUCUCAUAUUGAUUUUUCAUCAUU